AUGCUCUCCAAUACCUCGGUUCCUUUGUCCGUAGACUUUGACAGUCCAGAAGAUUUUUUCGUCUUCACUUUCCAUAUACUGUUUGCAACAAGCUCGGUCCUUGUUGCCGGUUCGGUUGUCAUUGCAAUAUUCAGCACAAAAGUGCUCCGAGCACAGAAUCGCUUCGUUUUCAUGUUAAAUACGAGCAUCGGCGACACCUUCACGGGGCUGUCUGUUUAUUACCUCGGUCUCUUCGAUGUCCAAGAGGGUUACCCUUCAAGAAACGGAACAUAUUAUAUUUUGCCCUCGUUUCUAGGGGUCAACAUGUUAACAUUCCUCUUUGCUCAGUUUGACCGUUACUUUGCCGUGUGCCAUCCUUUUUUUUACAAACGCUAUAUCACUCGAUCUUUUGUAAUUGCAAUCUGUUGUCUUUGCUGGAUUUACACUUAUACUAUUGUGGCGGCACAGAACCUGGUACCAAUCUCAAAAGCGGCUGAAAUAAAUGCUUUUGGUGUCAUGACUCUUCAGAUCAUAGUCCUCACGAAAGUUGCGAUGACUAUUAAGUUAUAUGUUAUAGCAAAGCACCAGUUAGCGCGGGAAGCGCCAAGCGCUGACAGAGAUAGCAAGCGGGAAUCGUUACGCAUCAUUGUUUUUGUUGUAAUAUGUUUCCUGUCAUUGUGGGGCCCGUCUUUCGUCAAUAUUAUUGUAAGACAGCUUACUAGAAGGGGUCUACGGUUUAGAAACGAAGCUACAAACUUGUUUGCAAUUAUGGCACGCAUGAAUGCAUUGGUGACUCCUGCGCUGUACAUCUGGGGCAGCCCAGCAUUGCGAGAGGCAGUCUGGGGAACUGUGUGGCGAAGAGUUUGUCCGAAACGGAGGUAA